AUGCCAACAAGUGUGACGCUUGACAUCAAAUCUACAGCGGCAAAUCUCCGUUGUGAAGAAUGCGCAAAGACGACUUCAGCCGAGCAACCAUUGAGAGAGAAGCGAGUUCUAUCGGUGUACCCAAAAGCAUCUAACGACUCAGUGACGCACUAUCUCCUCUAUGAUGCGGAAUGCAUUCCAAUAGUUGAAGAGCAGUUGGAGACUGUCCAAAAUGCACUAGGGCUCACGGAAGUCAAACACAACAAGUAUCGUCCGGACGCGUUAAGCGCUGCAGUAGUUUCACUGCGAGGAGAAUGUAUAUUCGCCAACCACUACUGCUUGCAACUGUACACUACCUACUGUAUGCCACUGUACAUCCGUAUUCUUCUCAGUCUGCAUCUGUGCAGCUAUGCAUUCCGUCCCAAAGCAUCCCUCUCUUUCGUGCAUUUUUGCAUCCCAAUUAACCCCAAUCUCAAGUCUUUCUGUAUUCUAAUAUGUUGUUUCGAUGCAAAUAGUAAGUUCAUUGCAUGUUUCGUAGCACAACAGCUGUACCAGUUGAGGGUAAAGGACGGUGAGUUGGUUGGCGAACGUGUCGAGACCGUAGCCGAAGCUUGGUUCCAAGACGCAAGGAAGAAAGAAAGCAAGGCCAGGGAAAAACAUACAGUCAAUAGGGAAAAGGACGGCGAAACUCGUUCAUCGACCUUACAUUCAGCAAGCGAGUGUGAGAGCGAUGAAACAUUGGGUAUGUAA